UUUAAAAACUCUUUAAGAAAGACUGAAGGAUCUUCAAUUUUUGCCAAACGUAGCACAAAAAGAAAAGAUUACAAAUAUGAUAUCACGAAGAAAAAUAAUUUCACGCUCAUUAGACAAUUUGGAUGCAAUUGGACCCAAUACUGAUGAGGAGGAGGAUGUUUGGUAUGACAAAGAGAAACUCUUCAGGGAUCAUAUCAAUGAAGUUUUAGCCAAAUGGGAUCAGAUUGACGACGAGAUCUGGGCUAAAGUAAUUAUAUUUGAGAAAAAUCGUAGAAUAGCUAAAGCAUAUGCAAGAUCAUCAGUGAUAACGAUAAAUGGUUCCAAAAAUGGUUUCGACGGAGUACGUAUCGGAUUGAAUGGUUUUGACAAUCCUAUGCGUGAUGCAGAUACAAAAUCUGCUAAAAAAUCGAUUGGAGAUGGAUUUAAAAUAAAAAUGGACGAUAUCGGGAAUAUCUUUGUAAAACGCUAUGGUAAGAGUAGCGUCUUUGUACAUAACACUUCCAUGGCUAAUGAGGAAACAGUCAUUGGAGCGGACAUUCUACAAAUGCCAAAUAUGGCCCUAACAGCUGGCACUUCCGCUAAGCUCUUUGAUAUGCGCAAAUAUACCACCAAUAUAAAUCGUGAAUUUUCGCGCACAUAUCCUGAGAGCAGUCGCUUGGAACGACAAUGCUUAUCAGCUGUUUCAUUGGUGAAAUCGAAUAAUAAUAUUAUAAACAGCCCUCUCUGGAUAUUGGUCAUAAAUGUGGUCGCCAUAGAUAUGUUAAAAAAUCGUUUACAAAUUAUACCAAAAUCUUUGGAUGCCAUGGGUAUGCGUAUACCUACCAAUGGUAGUGAAGAUCCAUAUUCAACUAUUGAAAGUCAAGUUGGUUUAAUAUAUCCAACACCAGCUGCCUCCGAUGAUUCAAACAAUUCAAAUAAUUCAAGUAAAGGCAGACGUAGUAUGUAUAAUGCCGGAUUCUUAGAUGAAAGUCCUUAUGUGCCAAAGCCCGAUUAUGAAAUUUACAAUCAAUCAGUGCCAAUGCUUUCCGAAAAGAAGAGCAAAUCUGUGCAUCGUAAAAAACAAGAUGAUCCUUAUUAUUGUGGUUUAUUAGCACGUAUACCGAAUUUCAUUAAAUCCUCGUCCAAGCAGUGUAAACCUAAGAAGGAGUCGAAAAUAUCACGUAAAAUAUCUGCAUCUCAACAUAUACUCCUACAACAGCAACAACAACAACUGCAACCACAACCAACGCAGCCAUUGCCUAUCGCAACGUUUCAUCAACACACCUAUUAUCCAUACAAAUUGUACUCACAACAUCAUCAUCGUCUAUCACAGUCACAAUUAUCAUUAUGGGAUGCUCGUAGUCUAAUUAGUGCACAUGAAUAGAGCACUCUACAUAUCUUGCAUCGGAGAAGUUAGUUUAACCUAAUCUCAAUUUAUUUGGAAAUUAAUCACUGGAAAAUGUAGACCAUAAAUACCAGGAAACCGAACUCGAAAGUCGGGAACUAUUUUCAAAGUGAUAUUGUAUUUUGGCAUAUUUUUCUUCCCCUAGAAAAGGAGCUAAAAAUUUAAAAAAAAUUUUUAAGUACUCAUCAAUUUAUUGUAUAAAAAAAAUUUU